CGCUCCCCCGGUCCGCGGGCGGCAGCAAGACCGGCCCCUCCGCCGCCGCCUGCCUCCCUUCCUUCUCCUCCGCGCCGGCCCGGUGGGCUCCCCCCGCUGCCAAGCCGGACAUGGCGACCCUGCUCCUGCGAGCCCCUCGCUGUCCUCCUCUCCCUAUCGCCGCCGCUCCUGCCGCCGCCUUCUCCUCCUCCUCCCCGCGGAGCUUUUAAUGGCUCGGACCUCCGGCGGCCAAGCGCGACUGCCCCUGCACCAGCCGCAGCGAGGAGAGCCGGCGGGAGCCCGCGCCGCCCCAGCCCCGCGCACGAUAUAAGAAACGAGUUUCCCUAAACAUGGGUGAAACUGAGCAGAGACCAACAGCAGGAUCCCGCUUAGGAGCUCAGGAAAAUGCUGGGAUCAGUACUUUGGAGCAUGGACAGAAACCACCUAUGACAACUCCAGGAAAACUUGUCUCUAUCAAAAUUCAGAUGCUGGAUGACACGCAAGAAACUUUUGACAUUCCGCAAAGAGCUCCAGGGAAAGUUUUGCAUGAUGCUGUUUGCAACCACCUCAACCUUGUUGAAGGCGACUAUUUUGGCCUUGAAUUUCCAGAUCAUAAAAAGAUGAUGGUGUGGCUCGAUCUUUUGAAGCCUGUUAUGAAACAGAUUAGAAGACCGAAGCACGUUGUUGUAAAAUUUGUGGUAAAAUUCUUCCCACCCGACCACGCUCAGCUGCAGGAGGAACUGACGAGGUACCUAUUUGCAUUGCAAGUGAAGCAGGACCUGGCACAGGGAAGGCUAACAUGUAAUGAUACCAGCACUGCCCUCCUAAUCUCACAUAUAGUACAGUCUGAGAUUGGGGAUUUUGAUGAAACCAUAGAUCGUGAACACUUAGCGAAGAACAAGUAUAUACCUCAUCAAGAAGCACUAGAAGACAAAAUCAUGGAAUUUCACCGUAACCACAUGGGACAGACACCAGCAGAGUCUGACUUCCAGCUGUUGGAGAUUGCCCGUCGGCUGGAGAUGUACGGGAUACGCUUGCACCCAGCCAAGGACAGGGAGGGGACAAAGAUCAACCUGGCUGUUGCCAACACUGGCAUUCUGGUGUUUCAGGGUCACACCAAGAUCAAUGCCUUCAACUGGGCUAAGGUUCGGAAGCUGAGCUUCAAGAGGAAACGUUUUCUUAUCAAACUACGGCCUGAUGUGAAUAGUUCAUUCCAGGACACCCUGGAAUUCCUUAUGGCCAGUCGAGAUUUUUGCAAGUCUUUCUGGAAGAUCUGUGUGGAGCAUCAUGCCUUUUUCAGGCUUUUUGAGGAACCUAAACCAAAGCCUAAACCUGUUCUUUUUUCUAGAGGUUCUUCAUUUAGGUUCAGUGGUCGGACUCAGAAGCAAGUUCUUGACUAUGUUAAGGAAGGAGGGCACAAAAAAGUGCAGUUUGAAAGGAAACACAGCAAGAUUCAUUCCAUCAGGAGUCUGACUGCACAGCCUUCAGAACAGCAUACAGAGGUGCCAAAACAAACUGCUAGAGCCUAUGGGAACAGCAAUGAUGCUGCAGCAGUGCAGAGCUGCCGGCAAGGGAAGGAGUUGAAAUCUUCAACAGAAGACACUGGACAGCACAAGAGCCCUUCCUUGAAGAAGAGUCCAAAGGAAGGGAGAAAGGUGGAUGGAGCAGUGGUCUCAGCAGUGGAGGAAGAAGAGGAGCCUACUAAGGAUAGGAUGCAGCAGAACAGACCUCAAUCACAGCAGCCAAGCACAGCAGGUUCUCUGACUGGCAGCCCUCACCUUUCAGAGCUUUCCAUCAAUUCCCAAGGAGGACCAUCAGUGGCAAAUAUGACUUUAUCUCCAAACUUGAGCCCUGAUGCCAAGCAGUCAUCUCCCUUGGUCAGCCCUUUGCUGAAUGACCCGUCAUGCAUCAGGGCUGAGGAUGAGGAAGAGGUCAAAAGAAAGAGGUUCCCAACUGAGAAAGCUUACUUCAUUGCUAAAGAGGUGGCGACCACGGAGCGAACAUACCUGAAGGACCUUGAAGUCAUCACAUCGUGGUUUCAGAGUGCAGUGAGUAAAGAGGAUUGCAUGCCUGAAACACUGAAAAAUCUCAUUUUCUCCAACUUCGAACCUUUGCACAAAUUUCACGCUGGUUUUCUCAAGGAAAUUGAGCAGAGACUCGCUCUGUGGGAAGGCCGCUCUAAUGCUCACAUUAAAGGAGAUUACCAAAGAAUCGGAGAUGUUAUGCUGAAGAACAUUCAGAGUAUGAAGCAACUGACAAUUCACCUGCGAAAGCACAAUGAGAUUUUAAUGGAGCUGGAGAAUGGGAUCAAGAACUCCCGCAAGCUGGAGAACUUCUGCAGAGAUUUUGAGCUACAGAAAGUCUGCUACUUGCCUCUCAAUACCUUCCUCCUCAGACCUUUGCACAGGCUUAUGCACUACAAGCAGAUAAUGGAGAGGCUUUGCAAGCACUACCCUCCAAGCCACAUGGACUUCAGGGAUUCGAGAGCUGCUUUGGCUGAGAUUUCUGAAAUGGUGGCUCAGCUCCAUGGCAAUAUGAUAAAGAUGGAGAACUUCCAGAAGCUGCAUGAACUGAAGAAAGACUUGAUAGGCAUGGACAAUCUGGUGAUCCCCGGAAGGGAGUUUAUUAGGCUGGGCAGUCUUAGUAAGUUGUCUGGAAAAGGUUUACAGCAACGGAUGUUUUUUCUGUUUAAUGAUAUCCUGUUGUACACAAGUAGGGGCCUGACAGCAUCCAAUCAGUUUAAAGUCCAUGGGCAUCUUCAGCUGUAUGGCAUGACAAUGGAGGAAAGUGAGGAGGAAUGGGGAGUUCCCCACUGCCUGACACUACGAGGUCAACACCAGUCCAUCGUUGUUGCUGCAAGUACCCGUGCUGAAAUGGACAAAUGGACUGAGGAUAUCCAGAUGGCAAUAGACCUGGCAGAGAAAAGCAGUGGCCCUGCCCCAGAGUUACUGGCAAGCAGCCCACCUGACAAUAAGUCUCCUGAUGAAACUACUGUAGACCAGGAAUCUGAGGACGACCUCAGUGCAUCCCGCACCUCACUCGAACGUCAGUCACCACACCGUGGCAACACUACGGUGCACGUCUGCUGGCACAGAAAUACCAGUGUUUCAAUGGUCGACUUUAGUAUUGCUGUGGAGAACCAGCUGUCUGGAAAUCUGCUAAGAAAAUUCAAAAACAGCAACGGGUGGCAGAAGCUUUGGGUGGUGUUCACCAACUUCUGCAUGUUCUUCUAUAAAUCGCACCAGGACAAUCAUCCUUUAGCCAGCCUUCCUUUAUUGGGAUAUUCACUUACCCUUCCUUCUGAAUCUGAAAACAUUCACAAAGAUUAUGUGUUCAAGCUACAUUUCAAAUCCCAUGUGUACUACUUCAGGGCUGAAAGUGAAUACACCUUUGAAAGAUGGAUGGAAGUGAUCCGAAGUGCCACCAGCUCUGCCUCACGCACUCGAGCUCUGAGUCACAAAGAGCCUCACGCCUAUUGAUGGCUGAACAAGCCGCUGUGUUGAUUGUCCAGCAGCUGCUGAUUUUCUAGAGGACAUUUGAAACUCUUUUUCUCCCUCCAAGUUUAGGAAAACUUACACUUUGGUAAAAGAAGAGAAUUAACCAUGGUUUUGCAGAAACUUUCACAAUUCCUCAGCAAAACUGUUUAAGUUCUCUGAAUAUACAAACUAGCUUACCAUCAUCCCAGUGGCUGCGGUUCAUUUCAUGUCUUGUAUUUUGUCAUUCUGUGCUGUUUUUAGCUUGUGCCAGUAUUAAAAUAUUGUCCUUAUUAGAGUGCCAAAUGCCAAAAGACGUUUUGUUGCCUCAAAGAUUGCACCUAAAAGAACUCCCAGAUGACUGAAAUCUUGAAAAUUUUCUCCUCUGAGGCAAACACUAUUUUCUUCUCUUUUCAUAAAAAUAUAUUAUUUUUUUUACCAUGUUAAUCUGUAGACUGCUGGGCUUUUAAAUGUAGAUGGAUUUUCACAGUAUAGAAUAUAAUUAUAUAUACAGCAAGCAGUCUAACAGGAAUGAGAUAACUUUCAGAUUUCAUGCUUUUUUUUCCAGUCUUUCUACAUUUAAUCAGCAACGAUUUACUAAUUUUCUGUGUUUAACAAGGAAACAGUUGACAGCUCAUUCUCAUUUCCCUUUGGGGUCACACAUCCAUGUGGUAUAAAUAAAGUAUAGGGUUCUUAUCUAACCAUUUUUUUGGUGCAAGUUGACCAAAUUGUUCAUCUGUUGGCUUUGAAAAGUGAGUACUACUUGCAAGAUGAAAAAUUUUUAAAAUAAUCCAGUGCAAUAUUAUUUGGGCUGUUAAUGUACUGUGAAUGGUUACGUACAAGAAGAAAUUAAAGGCUAUGGUGACAUUCUGCUGUUUGUUUUACAAACUUGAAAGAAAACCUGUAUGCUACAAGAACUGCAGCUAUUUGUGAUUCAUUUGUAGUGUUUUGGUAACUAAAUUGCUCUAAGCUGGGGGGGUACUACUGAAGCCCCAAGUUUUCAUCCUGCUUGCUACACAUCCCAAAUUGACUUCCAGUUUAUAGUUAGAAUUUCAGUCUCUCCCUCUCUCCCCUGGGGCUCAGGCAGAGAGCGACUCACACAACCUGCAGCAGAAUUACCCAUUUUGUAUGCCUAGCUUCAACAUCGGCUGGCAUGGCAUUUUGGAUAAGCUGGUGGCGUGCUGAGAAGGUUGGCAGCACUGUAGCUGCAAGGCUUAGAUGCUUUCCCUCAUGUUUUAAACACUGUCACUAGGGUGAUGUAGAACUUCCACUGGCAGAAGUUUGCUGUGCUGGUAACACCCAUCACCAUUACAGGCCUUGGAGGAAGCACGGUGCUAAGCAGAGGGGGCCUGAAGGUCAGUCUGGGAAACGAAGCUGGGGAAGUUCUAUCCCUGCUUUUUCUUCAUCCAGCUACUCGCUUUGUUAAUGGCUUGUGUGUGUGCGAUGUGUAAAAUGGCUUCUUACAGCUUUGCUCACAACAAAAGGGAAUAAAAUACCUCACAACAUCAUUGUA